AUCUGAGGAGGAAACAUUUUACGCACGGAAAUAAUGGACAUUCAUUCUGGUUAAAAACUAACGCUUUUUAAUUUUUUUUUAAUUAAAUGACUGAUAUUGACACAGGGAAACAUUAAAUACAAUGUGGACAAUCCCGAAGCCCAACUACAGGAGGGGUUUCUGCGCAGAGGGGGAGAUUGCUGUUAACAUCGGCGGAGUCCGGGUGGUGCUUUUCGGGGAUGUUUUGAACCGCUACCCGGAGAGCAGACUGGCGGAGUUAGUGAACUGUCCAACUCAAAAUCACGAAGUUAUCUCCUCGCUGUGUGAUGACUUCGAUCCGAGUAGAAAGGAGUUCUACUUUGACCGAGACCCCGAUGCCUUCAAGUGCAUCAUCGACGUUUACUACUUCGAUGAAAUCCACAUCAAAAACGGCAUCUGCCCCAUCUGCUUCAUCAAGGAGAUGGAGUUCUGGAAGAUAGACAAAAGCGUUUUAGAUGAGUGUUGUAAAAGUUACCUGAGUGAGAAGGAGGAUGAGCUGACGGAGAUUUCAAACAAGGUGAAGGUAAUAUUGGAGGAUAUGGAGGUGGACCAGUGCUUUACGCGCGCCCAGCGGUGCCAGAGGUUCCUGUGGCGGCUGAUGGAGAAGCCGGGUUCCUCCCUGGCGGCGCGCGUCAUCGCCAUCGCAUCCUUCCUCUCCAUCCUGGUGUCGGCGGUGGUGAUGUGCGUGGGAACCAUCCCGGAGCUGCAGGUGACGGACUCCGAGGGGAAACUCGUGGAGCACCCGAUAUUGGAGGGGAUCGAGACCGUGUGCAUGCUGUGGUUCACGGCGGAGUACCUCCUGCGUCUCGCCUCCUCUCCGAACAAGCUGCACUUCGCAUUCUCCUUCAUGAACGUCAUCGACUUCAUGGCCAUUAUACCCUUCUACGUGGUCCUGUCCCUCACCUACCUCGGCACCUCAUCCAUGAUGGAGCUUGGGAACGUGCAGCAGGCUGUGCAGGCGCUCCGCAUCAUGCGUAUCGCGCGUAUUUUCAAGCUGGCGCGCCACUCCUCCGGACUGCAGACUCUGACCUACGCGCUGAAGCGGAGCCUCAAAGAGCUGGGGCUGCUCCUCAUGUACAUGAGCGUGGGGAUCUUCGUGUUCUCUGCGCUGGCCUACACCAUGGAGCAAAGCCACCCGGAGACUCUUUUCAAGAGCAUCCCUCAGUCCUUCUGGUGGGCCAUCAUCACCAUGACCACCGUGGGCUAUGGAGACAUCUACCCCAAGACCACGCUCGGCAAGUGCAACGCGGCCGUGAGCUUUCUGUGCGGGGUGAUAGCCAUCGCUCUGCCCAUCCACCCCAUCAUUAAUAACUUUGUGGUUUUCUAUAAUAAGCAGAAAGUGCUGGAGACCGCAGCAAAACACGAGGUGGAGUUGAUGGAGCUGAAGUCUGGCAGGGAGGCGCGCAGGGAGAGUAGGGAUUAACAGUUUGAACAAGCUGAGACUUUCUGUAACUUUUUAUUGUAAGAGCAAGUUAAAAUCCAUGGUAAACGCUGAAAAUCACUGUCAAUCAUCAAAUCCACCAAAUUUGAAACUUGUAAAGAUAACGUUUACACGUAAAAAUUGAAGAGAAGACUUUGGGACCUGCGAGCACAUUGACGUCUGUACAUAGAGCCAUGAUAAAAAUGUUGUAUUUACUCUGCUGUUGCUUUCAUUUGGAAAUAUGUGAUGUUCUGCUUCUGCCUCUGUUCCAGUUACCUCUAACUCUUGUCAUUGUGAAGACUGUUGUUAUUAUGGGAGUAAAACUUGUGCAUGAAAAAAGAAAUGUGCAUAUAGAGUCGUUACAUAUGAGGGAAAAGGUAAAAAUACGAACUGAAAUUGAUUUACAGUAUUUACAGGUAAAGGAUGGAUUCAUAAACUUUUAGAGCUUUUCCAAAGCUACAGUAUGUUGAGUAAAAUGUUCUCUCUGUGUUCACAGACAUGUUUUCUUGUUGAACUUAAAAUAGAGGGAUAGGAGUAAAGAGAAACAGAAUUUCUGACUCGGGGGAUUUCAGCAAACAAAAUCUAUUUCACUGUUUAUAUGGCCACAUGCCACAAAUUGGGAAAAAAAAAAUUCUGAAAACAGCCUUACAAUGCAGCCCCCAGAAAAAGCUAUGUAAAUAAAAGUGAUUCAUUUCUUUAAUCAGAUUACUCCAGAAUUGAUUGUAGGGGAAAGUUACACUUAUCCGAAUGAUGAGUCGUGUGGAGCAGACAGUGAAAAAUAGUGUGUGCCACAACAACAAAAAUCAAGCUAAAUAAACCAAGACCAUGACAACACAUGUGCUUUCAUUAUACUUUCUCAACUUGAUUUAAAAGGGGAAGCUAUUCUAAUUUAUAUUGGCCCUGGAGACAUCUAACCCAGCCAGACCAUAACCACAGGUGGCUGAAGACUUCCAUC